AUUUAUAACGUAAAUUGAAACAUAAUAGCACAUAUUUAACAUAUUAAUAUUUACGUCAGGAAGAAGUUGGUGCUAUACUAACGGAUGUUAGAUCUGGCCGUAUAAACACACGCAUUGUGCAUAGAACGAUGGUCGGUGGAGGCUAUCUAUACGCUGACAUACCAUCUGAAGGUUUUGUUUUUCCGUCAGAUGCAGUGUAUAGCGCCGCAGUGGUGGCGUUCUUGUCGUAUGUCUACAUUCUGGGUCUACAAAGCGUUCCAAAGACAACCAAGCCACAUAUCCACAAGGACAAGCUGUUUGCUCACGCCUGGGCCAACGAGGUGGCAUCGCUCGUGAACAGCGUCAUCCUAGCUGUGUGGUCGAUAGCCCUGUUUGUGUGCAGCUACACGCACCCCACCUUCACCAAGGCCUAUACCCGGUCCAUGGUGGUGUGGUUUGCGGCGUACAACGUGUAUGAUAUCAUCGGGUGUAGUAUGUACCAUGCCAGUCUGUUCAGAGAGAGCCCUACCCUUGUGCUGCAUCAUGCGGUGGUGCUGAGUGGGCUGGUAUACUCUCUGCACAACACCUACUUUCUAUGGCACAUGGUGCUGGCGACACUGUGCGAGGCGAAUAGCGUCGUUCUACACAUCAAGUGCUUGGUGCGCAUGCGUGCUUCCCGGGCCACCACCGCCGCACCCCCCACACUCUUGGGCUACGACUUGCGCACCCACGUGCUGGAUCCACUCAUGUACAUCACACACGUGGUGUUCAGAUUUGAUACCAGCUUUUGGCUGUGGUGGAGCAGUAUACCACUUGGGGAGCGCGACCGGCACUUUGAUACCAGUGCCUGUCCGUGGUUUCCGAUGGCGACUUUGUAUCUGGCACUCAAUGUACUGACGUCGUACUACAUGGUCAGGGGUGUACUCAGGAGGAAAGACCGGGCUAAAGAGAAAGAGCCGAAGAAGGUCGAAUAAUCGUACGCAGACACAGGCAAGCAUAGCUUCAGCGUACACGACGUGGGUGUAUGCAUUGGGUCAGUGUUUACAAGCCCCCACUCAUUAGUGUUGUACCUACAUCUCCAUGAAGUAUAGGUUACUAUCAGUGGCGCGUAGAUGUACAAGAAGUAGUAUGCAAGAGUAUGUUGUGCACGGGCGAGCACACACGGACUCGGAUUCACAUUCGCAAGGCGUAUAGAUAGCGGAGAAUAAUAAACUAAUCAUUAGAAAUAGCA